AUGACAGCCAUGAUUGUACCUCAAGCAGUGAAGAAGCAAGAUGCGACUGUGACUGCGACGGCCCCUCGAGACCCCGCCGACCCCGUCCUUGACGAGCGGCCAGCCACAACCACAGCCACAGCACCAGCCACAGCCACAGCACCCCCACGAACCACUGGCCAAAAGCUGCGUGACUGUUGCCAGUCGUGUGCUCGCUCAAAGGUCAAGUGCACAAAGGAGAAGCCGUCGUGUUCACGCUGUGAAACCAAAGGCAUCCCGUGCCGCUAUCUGCAGUCCAAACGCCCGGGACGAAUCCCAGGAAGUGGUGCUCGACGCUCCAAUCCAGCCAACACCACCCGCCCUAAAAGCAGGGCAGGGGCCGAUACACGCAGCCUUGCGAGCCCACAACCACGACAGGAGAGUAACCCCGCCGACGACGCUGCUGCAUCCACCCACAACGCUGCCGCUCUCCUGUCCCCAUCUUCGACCGCAUUUGGCACCCUUCCCGUAGACAACACCCACCAGCGAGCCGACUCGUUAUUCGACACAUACUAUGGCGCUACACACUCCCCGGACAUUCAGAUGGACGGCGAUCAAGAUCUCCCCUUUGUCUGGGACGGCUAUUUUGAUGUCCUCGGCACCAACACCAUGGACGACCCCACGUACGCCAACAUGAUGGACUGGGACUCCACAGCAAGCCCCUUGGACAUGAGCCUACCAUUCCCUGCCACGGGUCCUCAUGGCGAUAGUCUACCCCUCUGCGGCAGUAUGCCACAGUCGCCCGCAAGCCGAUUGCUACCCACCACAUCACUUUUUCCAUCGACAAAUACACAGCGACCAGACCUCUGUUUCCUCACAUCAUCCUCUGCCUCGUCAUCGUCAAUUUUGUCUUCAACAUCAAUGGCUUCCUCGUCGUCGUCAUCGUCGUCGUCACUGUUCUCAGAUUACUCAACUCUGCCAACAACCAUCGCCUCACCCACGGCCUCGGCCAAAAGCUACAUACAACACAAGUCGGCUUCUUCAGUCUCUUCGGUAGACCAGAACCAGCGCGAACACAGCACCCCAUCGUCCUGCAUUUGUCUAGACAAGGCUCUCGAUCUGCUCAAGGCUGUGACUAAAGACCCUUGUCCCGAUCCGUCUAGGGCGCACAGCAAGUCCGUCACACAGGCUAUUCUUGCCAAAAACAAGGAAACCAUUCAAGCUACGCUCGCAAUAUUAGCCUGCGAGUCUUGCAUGGAGGACAGGUUGCUAAUCAUGGUCGCUCUUCUCAUCGCAAUGGAGAUGCUUCCACGAUAUGCGUCUGCCGCCGCCUUGACUGGCCUCACUGCCUGCCUCUCUGACGACCCUCGCACUGACAACAUUUUGGGAACUAUGGACCCAAGACCCCACGACCAGAACCUUCCUCGGCAAGCAAAGUUACAAGUGCUCCGAGAACUACAUUUGGUACAGAGGCUCAUCACUCAAUUGUCUUCGAGAUUGAAGGGUCUUUCAUCUCAUGGAAGGAGUGCAGGAUCGUUAGAAGCGCUGCUAGGAGCUCAAUCCUCCUUGCAACGACCAGGCAGCAGAAACGCCCCCCAGAAAGGGGGCAUGUCUACGCACUCGUCAAAUUCGUCGGUCUGCAGCGACAAUGAGCUGAUGCCCAUCUCAACGCGCACAUUAGACUUGGUCGAGGAUGAUGUACGGAAUAGUCUUAGUUCCCUUUCGGCAGUAGUUAGGAAUGCAUUGAAGCAAAGUUGA